GAAAAAUGAAGAGCACACAGUAGACUCAGCUGUCUGCUGUCAUCAUGUGAGUCAUGUUAGAAGACGUCUGACAGAGAAUCCACAGCCUUUCACAUGUUUACUCACUGACUGGAUGGGCUUGUCUUUAGGUUGCUAGACAACUUGUGAAGCCAGUAGUGCUGGUCUGUUUAAAUAACCUCUGGGUAAAUAUUUUAUCUGCGAAUGAACACAUAAUGCACCAGGUUGUAUUUGCUGGGGUUACCGGCCCUGAACCAUCCGGGUGUGCGCUUCCUCAGGACUCACGAGACCAUUUGUUUUGGCUUCGAGGGAAAAGAGGGAGUAAGAUGAUGAUGAUGAUGAUGAGUGCGUGUGUGCGCAAAAAGGUGAGCUGUGGAUUUGAGCCAUUAUACUCCAGGACUGUGGGAUUGCCCCCCCCACCCCCCACCCACCCCGUGUGUGUGUGUGUGUGUGUGUGUGUGUGUUCUGCAGGAUCUAAAUAUAUGCUGGUGACAAAUAGUCCAAAUACAGUAGCAACCCAACUGUGAUGUGUGGGUGGUGCUGAGAGAGAACAGCUCCAGCUCAAAGUCCCGCUCUGUCGGAUCUUGAGUCCGUGAGGAGGAGGAGAGUGACGCACACCUGCGCACCUGCACACCUGCACUCCAGGACUUUUUCUUUCUGUUUUCCAUUGAUUGUCUUCAUGAUCAUGAAAAGACAAAACGCCAGGACUCUCGCCCUCAUCAUCAGCAUCCUCACCUACCUGGUGGUCGGAGCCGCCGUCUUCGAGACCCUGGAGUCCAAACAGGAGAAAAGUCACAAGAGGAGGCUCGACGCCAGAAAGUACGAGCUAAUGCGCAAAUACAACUUAACCAAAGCGAAUUUCGAGGAGCUGGAGCUCGUCGUCCUGCAGCUCAAACCCCACAAGGCAGGAGUGCAGUGGAAAUUCGCUGGCUCCUUUUACUUCGCCAUCACUGUGAUCACGACAAUCGGUUACGGCCAUGCAGCGCCCAGCACCGAUUCAGGGAAAGUGUUCUGCAUGUUCUACGCCCUCCUGGGGAUCCCCCUCACCCUGGUCAUGUUCCAGAGCCUGGGCGAGCGGAUCAACACGUUGGUCAGGUACCUGCUGCACCAAGCCAAGAAGUGCGUGGGAAUGCGUCAGACGGAGGUCUCCAUGGCAAACAUGGUGACGGUGGGCUUCUUCUCCUGCAUGAGCACCCUGUGCGUGGGGGCCAUGGCGUUCUCUCAGUGUGAGGGCUGGAGCUUCCUGCACGCGUUCUACUACUGCUUCAUCACGCUCACCACCAUUGGCUUCGGAGACUAUGUGGCUCUGCAGAGGGACGACGCGCUGCAGAAUGACCCGCGCUACGUGGCCUUCUGCUUUGUUUACAUCCUGAUGGGCCUGACGGUGAUUGGAGCGUUCCUGAACCUUGUGGUGCUUCGCUUCCUCACCAUGAACACCGAGGACGAGCGGCGGGACGCCAAAGAGAAGGCCUUGAUGACUGUGACAAAGUCCCGAGGGGAGGUGGCUCGUCUCAUACCUGUCUCCGCCUCCUCCACAGCUGUAGCAGACAACACUAGAAAGGCUAAAGAUUUAAAAGGUGUCUACACUGAGGUGCUUCAUUUCCAGACUAUAUGCUCGUGCCUGUGGUACAGCAGCAAAGAGAAGCUCCAGGGCUCCGUCACGAUCCCGCAGGAGCUGACAUUCUCCGAUGCCCACUUGCAGCAGAACAGCAACUGCCCUCACUACAUGGAGCCUGUAUCGUCAGGCUGUGUUUGCAGUCCACGUCAGUGCACGAGCAUAAACUCCAUAACAACGGGCCUACACAUUCUCUCUCCAUUCAGGGUGUUUAAGAGACGCAGCUCCGUCUAGCCUUUCAAAACUGCAGAUUUCACAAAUACGUCUUCACGGCCAAGUGGACAAUGAAUACACAGCAGUCUUCAAAGCAAACCUUUGUGGUGCUAUAAUCCCAGCAACAGUAGGAGCCAUAGAUAAAGGGGGGAGAGCGCAUGCAGCACUGUAAACAGCCAAAUCUUCUCUGAUGUUUGCAGCUGCUGCAGGGGCCGAGGAAACAUGCUGCACAGAGGCAGUUCCAGUUUCAUGAUGAUUUCAUUUAGGUUUUAUAGCCUAAAUGUUGUUUUUAAACGUCAAAGUCUCUGCACCAGUUCAGACAUUCUUCUGUUCUGGCCUCAUAUGAACUGCCUCAUGGUGUCCUUACAUUUUUUUUAUUCAAGCCAACCGUGCUGCUGACACAUUACUUCACAUGACUCACAUGUGUGGUUGCCCCUGUUAUUGUGAUUUUCUGUUAUGUAACAUCACAAGUGGAAAAGUGACAAACUGCAGCAGCAGCAGCAGUGAUGUACAGUCAUAGACGCACAAACUGAAAACAGUGCAGCAAAGCAGCAGCCUGACACGCUUUUACUUGAUAUUUGUUAAAGCUGCAGUGCGUAACCUUUGGUGAUUGGUGGUUUUUCUUGAUGUCAUUGUUUAGUCUUCGUGAACAGAAACAAUAAUUACGUUUACAUGGACUCAAGUCAUCGGAGUAAAAGCCUGAUCGGAAAUAAAAAUGAGGGAGACGAGAGGGCGGUAUAUCCACGUAAACACCACGUAUUUCUGUUUUGUGGCUGCCGUGAAAAAGAAUAAUGAGCAUGAAAGUGAGACGGACAGUGGACAGUGAGGGGACGAGCAGACACGUGGAAGUGAAAAUUUAGACUCUUUACACUCCUUGUAUCAAAAAAGUCUAUUCUGCAUCAGAUCAUUUGAUUGUCCAUGUAAACGAUGGAAUUGUAAAUUCUAAUCGGGAAGAAAACAUAGUUAUUGUAACAUUAAGCCAUGUUUCAAUCAUGGUACAGUUCAGUUUGUUAAGUACGGUUUGGAACGGUAAAGCUGAGUCAGGAGAACAGUAGCUUCACUUGGUAGGCGGGCGUGCUCUGUUCCCGACGGCCAUGUCAGCGAAAUACGUAGCACAAUGUUGUACCAAUGAACAACGUCAUCGACUCAACAACAACAACAGAGCAGCUCAGUUUGUGGCUGUUUGUCAAACUUCGCCCAAUUAGCUGACUGACGUGGGUCUAGCUCCACCCGUACCGUUACUCUGGCACCAAAACAUGAAAGAGUUGGGGCCGGUUAUUUUGCUAUUAUUCCUAGUGGAACUCAGCGGAAACACACCAUUGUUUGUUUGAGGUGUCCUUCGUCAAGCAAUACUAUCAGACCCCAGCAUAUACUUCCCUUUUUGGACCUUUUGUGGCAUAAACCCCGACCGUGUCAGGACCAGUAGUCCUCAUGAAGAUCAAAACCUGCUCCAAAGACUGUAUACACAGUCAGGUCCUGGUUUUCAGUGAGCCAGUCUGAAUAUAGUCACAUUUUUAAAAAUGGUGCUGUAUUUUACAAAGCAAUUAACUAUAUGCACACUCUGGUUUCCAAUAAUCCAGCCCGACUAUUUUGCUGUCAGCAAAUUAUGCAGAGAUGUUCUACAGUCAGUGUGGGGCUGAGCACAGAGGAAUGCAGCAGUCCUCACGACACUUACAUUUAUUUAAACGCCCUUUUCAACUUCUAAAAGACAAGGUUUUCAAUCUAUAUUGGAUAUUUUUACCUGAAGUGUCCCCUGAAUGAUAACUGAGUGGAGAUAAAGGAGCUGUACAUGACGCUCUGUGCAUGGAGUCAGUUGAGGCAGAACCUCAUUUCUGAGGACCAUGUUAAGUUUAGGACCAAGAUUUGAAUUGUGGUUAGGGUUAGGUCUCAGGUUAGAGGAACAGGAGGCUGACAACAUGUUUAAUUUCCCCUUACUUCCCAUUUUUAUAACUGUGAUGCAUUAGCAUGUGGGGACAGCAGGUCAGGCAUCUCCAGUCCACACCACUUUCACCAGUCGCACUCAAAGCAGCAUGGGCUGCCAGACCAGCAGCGCAAUAACCUGCAAAAAAAGUACACACAUGGCAACUGUGUGAUUGAUGGAAAAGUAAAAAUUAAAAUUGUUUUUUGAGCCCA